AUGACUGAGUCCAGAAAGACCGCUCCCACCUCAGGCUCAGUGGAAGUAAUCCUGGCCGGCCUCCCACGCACCGGCACAACCUCCAUGACUCGUGCUCUCGAAAUCCUUCUCAAAGGCUCAGUCUUCGAUGGCGGAGCAGCAUCCUACACAGGCACUUACCAAACACAAAGGAAGCUUCUCGAUCUCGCUCAACAUUGUCCAACAGAUACAACUGAAGACCGCACCUUUGUCCUCAACACUCUCGCUACACUAACACGCGACCACAUCGCCACCAGCGACCAACCAGGCUGCUACUUCGUCGAAGAACUUCUCGAGCUGUACCCAUCCGCAAAAGUCAUUGUUACGACACGCGACUACGAUAGCUGGUGGGCAAGCUACAGCACGUUAUGGCGAAGUAUUCAUCAAAUCUACGCGUGGACGUGGUUGGACCCUUUCUCACAACUGCGUCGAUUCUGUGUCUUCUCCGCCAAGUUCUGGGAUCGUGUGCCGCAAGCUGUUGGGCUGGAAGGCCAUAGACCGUGGUGGCCAAUGGAGAAUCAUGAAGGAUUAUACGAGGCACACGCUGAGUAUGUGAAGAGGGUGGUGCCUUCAGAGCAGCUGUUUUACUUCAAUGUCAAGGAUGGUUGGAGGCCGCUUUGUGAUAUUCUUGGUGUGGAUGUGCCUGAGCAGGAACCUUUUCCACAUAUCUUUCCGAGAGCGUGGUUGGAUAAGGGAACGGAGGCUACAGUGGCUAGGUUGAAGAAGAGGCUGGUCCCACUCAUUGCAGGUGUUGGUUUGGUUGUCGCACUGGCAUCAGGUAUUCAUAUGAGAAAUAGCGCUUCGUGGCAAGGAUGA